UCGCGACUCUAUGACGUAAGACGUACGUCCCUCCCCCUUGCGUCUUAUUCAUUGUUCAGUGUGGUACAGUCAAUGUGCUAACGCUAACUUAGAUUACAACAUAUUCGAACAAAGAUCUCGGGUAGUAACUAAUAUUUAGAAUUUAAUUAAUUAGCAAUGAGCAAGAGGAAAGCCCCCCAGGAAUCCCCCAAUGAGGGAAUUACAGACUUUCUUGUUGAGCUGGCCAACUAUGAGAAAAAUGUCAACAGAGCCAUACACAAGUACAAUGCAUACAGGAAAGCUGCAUCCACCAUUUCUAAAUAUCCCAACAAGAUCCGGAAUGGUGAAGAGGCCAAAAAGCUGGAUGGUGUUGGUGCUAAAAUAGCUGAAAAGAUUGACGAGUUCCUACAGACAGGCAAACUACGGAAACUGGAAAAGAUUCGAAAUGAUGACACAAGCACUUCCAUCAAUCUCCUCACCAGAGUGACAGGAAUCGGCCCUGCUGCAGCCAGGAAAUUUUUUGAAGAAGGGGUCAAGACUUUAGAAGAUCUGAAAAAGAUUGAGCACAAGCUGAAUCAUCAUCAACAGAUUGGACUCAAGUACUUUGAAGAGUUUGAGAAAAGGAUCCCUCGUGCUGAAAUGGAAAAGAUGGAGACCCUGAUUCUUGGAGAGUUGCAGAAAAUUGACCCUGAAUACAUCGGAACAAUCUGUGGUAGUUACAGGAGAGGAGCUGCCUCGAGUGGUGAUAUUGAUAUUUUGCUGACUCACCCAGACUUUACCUAUCAGACUGAGAAGCAGGUAAAACUCCAUUAG